AUGGAGGACAAAUUUCGCGAGGCCUUCAUCCUGUUCAGCUCGUGCAACGACAAGAUGGAGUUGCACCAGUUCUACGAACUGAUGCAUUCCUUUGGGAUUAUCCUCUCGGCUGAGGAGAAGGCUGAGUUGCCCGUGAUGGUCGACAUGGAAUUCUGGCUCAAGCUAGCGAACAAGCACUACAACCACGAGGAUCCCUUCAAGCAUGUCCACAAUUUGAGCGACAAAAAUUCCAGUGUGCAAAUCAAGAUUCAUAACUUCAUCGGGGUUAUGAAAGCUCUGGAUACGAGACUCACAGACAAAGACCUAGAACUUCUACUCAAGAUAGCCAACCCAGAGAACAAAGAAACGAUUGACCUGAAUACAGUCUCACAGAAACUAGCACAGGUUAUCUAG